AGCUCUAUCUAUCAAUCUCUACUGUGCAUUCUGCAACGCUGCAAAUAUUUACGUAAUUACACUACUGAAUGAGAAACCCAUCUCUGCGAUGGUAUAGGGCUUAAAGUAUAGGGCGGUGAAUUGUGUUUGCGUGUGUUCGUCCGCUUGUGCGCAACCCGUCAAGCACUGAUGCUCACGUGACUGUGGAGCGGCGCACAUCAUUAGUGGACUAGCAACAAGAGGCGUGUCCACGGUGGCGGCGUGUGUUCGCUUCAGUGUGAUACACUAUUUCAACAACUUUGAGCCGCAGGUUCUGCUGAACUUUUGUUAUGUUAAAAAAACCCGGCUCACUCCUUUAAGCAAAAAUAACACCCCCAUAUCAGCUCCAUGCAAACACUGGCUCUGGACCCGCUUGUUUCUGUACAAUGAAGCUUGCAAACGGCAAUUUGAAGGAAUAAUUUCCUUCAAAAUUUGGCUAAAGUAGUGCGCCGCAACACCCCGUUUUAGUCCUGGAGUUGCGCGACACUUCUGUUUCUCGCAGCGUGUUUGUCGGAGUUCCUUCUCUGCUGUCUUCACGUCUCCUCCAUGAAAUCGCCCGCCGUCGCGACCGCUUCUGCAACUGCCCAGAGCCCCGGUGCUACAGCCGCUGCUAAUGACGAGAGGAAAAUGGCGUCGGCUAAAGCUACUGAAACUGAGGAGGACUUUCCGAAGCUAACGUCGCUGGAGAGGGAACAACUGGUCGGCGUGGACAGUUCACUAUUUGGAUUUCACAGGCUUCAAGAAGAUGGCGCCAGAACGAAGGCCUUGCUGUUAAAGGCUGUUAACUGCUACGAAGCUCUCAUCCUUAAAGCUGAGGGCAAAGUGGAGCCUGAUGUUUUCUGUCAGCUGGCUCACUUUCACCUCCUACUAAAGGACUAUCAUAAAGCAUUAUCUGCGUACCAGAAGUACUUCAGUCUGGAGCCUGACCACUGGAAGAAUGCUGCGUUUUUAUAUGGCUUGGGCAUGGUUUACUUUCAUUACAAUGCUUUUCAGUGGGCAGCCAAGGCCUUCCAGGAGGUGCUUUACAUCGACCCUGGCUUCUCAAAAGCCAAAGAAAUUCACCUGAGGCUGGGGCUCAUCUUUAAAGUAAACACAGACUACGAGUCGAGCUUGAAGCAUUUACGUCUGGCGCUGAUUCACUCCGGUCCAUGCACUUUGUCCAAAGCUACAAUUCAGUUUCACAUUGCUCAUUUGUAUGAAAUCCAGAAGAAAUAUAAGGCAGCUAAAGAAGCCUACGAAAGUGUGCUGCAAACGGAAAAUCUUCCAGCCCAUGUGAAGGCCACCACACUGCAACAACUUGGCUGGAUGCAUCACACAGUGGAGCAGUUCAGAGAUAAAGGCAGCAAGGACAGCUAUGCCAUCCAGUGUCUGCAGAAGUCAAUAGAGGCAGACCCAAACUCUGGACAGUCGUGGUACUUUCUUGGAAGGUGCUAUUCCAGUAUUGGGAAGGUGCAGGAUGCCUUCAUCUCGUACCGUCAAUCCAUUGACAAGUCAGAGGCCAGUGCAGACACUUGGUGCUCCAUAGGGGUUCUCUACCAGCAGCAGAACCAGCCUAUGGAUGCACUGCAGGCCUAUAUCUGUGCCGUUCAGCUGGACAACAGUCACGCUGCUGCCUGGAUGGACCUGGGCACUCUGUACGAGUCCUGCUGUCAGUCCCACGAUGCCAUUAAGUGCUACGUCAAUGCCACGCACAGCAGGGGCUGCCUCAACACAAUCGCACUCACGCAACGCAUUAAACUCCUGCAGGCUCAGCUGUGUAACUCGCAGCCAGGUAAUCUGCAGAAAAAAGUUAAAAUGCUUCCCAGCAUUGAGGAGGCCUGGAGUCUCCCCAUCCCUGCUGAGCUGACGUCCAGACAGGGGAUCUUGAACCCGGCACAGGUACAGCAGGACUGUAAGGCAGAGGGGACUGAACCAGACCCUAAUAACGCAGACUGGCCGCUCAGUCCUGCUAAGAGGAAACGCACUGCAAGUCCAAUCAAGAGCAUCACAGACUUGCAACCUCAGCAAAACCAGGACCAGGUUCCCAGCUGCUAUCUGUCACCACAGAAGCUUCAGCUCCUGGAUCACUUAAGGAUGAACCCUCAAACCUCAAGCCUCCACAAAUUCAAAUGCUGGAACACCUGGAGAAACAGAUGUCAUCAUUGCAGCAGAAGCGGCAGGCAGCAGCGGGUGGCCAGCCUCGACCCGGUCUUCCUAACGGUCCUUCGGCGGAUCCCUUUAACCAUCACCACGCCGGCCCCUCGAAUGGCUCCUGCUCUUCCAGUCCUUCAGAGGCGAAGAUGGAAAACCGUACCGAUCACACGCAGGGACCAGGAGGAGGCGACGCGAGCAACGGAAAUGUGCCUUACCUGCAGCCGAACUCUCUACCUCACAACCGCACAGCUGCCGGUCAGCCGAGUACCAACAGCACCUGGAGUCCAAGUCCUGCAGAAGAAACGUGGAAGAGCCAGCAGCUCAACACUAACACUCAGUCCUUCAGAGGCGAAGAUGGAAAACCGUACCGAUCACACGCAGGGACCAGGAGGAGGCGACGCGAGCAACGGAAAUGUGCCUUACCUGCAGCCGAACUCUCUACCUCACAACCGCACAGCUGCCGGUCAGCCGAGUACCAACAGCACCUGGAGUCCAAGUCCUGCAGAAGAAACGUGGAAGAGCCAGCAGCUCAACACUAACACUCAGGGGCUUGAAAAAGGUCCUGGUUCACGUUUGGCAGGUCCCAAUGGAGAACCUCCUUUUUCUUCUUCGUCCUCUUCGUCUCCUCAGACCUCCUUCUUUUCCUCUGCUGUUCUGAAUCAGGUCGGACCCUGCACUGCCUCCUCCUCGGCCUCCUCGUUAUCCCCCGCCUCCCCUCAAACCACGCCCAAUCGCCUCUCCUCGCCCUCCCACUCUGUUCCUACCUCAGGGGUCCACACCAAAGACACUUUACCUUGGGAGGGCGGCAGCGACAGCAGCGCUCCUGCCGCUUUGUCCUCCGGUCAGGAAGCUGCAGGCAGGUCUCCGGGGAAACAACCUCACCCCUUGACUAAUCACAUUAAGUCUCAAUCUCGGCCUGGAUCUCCUGUGCCCGCGGUCCUCACCUCAGACAAUCUUCAGCUGUCAGCCUUGACAAAGGGAAGGCCCAGUUCCACCUGUAUCAAAGAUACCAAUAACAACCACGGAGAGGUACAUUUACUCUACCAGGUGCACCGGGGCGCCACCAAGGCAGACUCAGAGCACUCGGUGGCGUCGUCAGAUGCUGCCAGGCCCUCGACAACAUCCUGCCUUAACACCCAUUCCAGCAGCGGGCCCACAGUAAAUGGGCAGCUUUCAGAAAACUCCCAAGAGCUAACCAGGGUGGAGACACUUGGAGGAUCUCCCAGAUGCAGCGCCCCUGCUCAUCUUACGUCUUGGUCAUCAUUUUCCAUCUAUCCCAGUUCUAGUGAAGUUCUCAAAGCCUGCAGGAAUUUGGGUAAGGAAGGUCUGUUGAGCAGCAGCAUCCUCUUGGACAAAUGUCCUCCGCCACGUCCUCCUCCACCUCCUUCUCUCCCACUGUCGAAAGACAAACUCAACCCACCGACGCCCAGUAUUUAUUUAGAAAAUAAGAGAGAUGCCUUCUACCCUCCCCUCCACCAGUUCUGCACUAACCCUGCUAACCCAGUCACUGUUAUCAGAGGACUUGCUGGCGCCCUCAAGCUAGACCUGGGCCUGUUCUCCACCAAAACUCUGGUGGAGGCUAAUCCUGAACACCUGGUGGAGGUGAGAACUCAGUUGGCUCAACCCAGAGAUGAGAACUGGGACCAGAUUGGCAGCAGGAAAAUGUGGCGCUGUGAGAGCAGCCGCUCACACACCACCAUCCUCAAAUACGCCCAGUACCAAGCCUCGUCAUUCCAGGAGUCUCUGAAGGAAGAGAGUGAGAAAAAGAAGGAGAUGGAAACAGAAACCUGUUCCUCAGACAGUAUGAUGAGGAGAAGGAGAGGUCCUCUCAAACACAUCAAGUUCGGCACCAACAUUGACCUCUCGGAUGAGAAGAAGUGGAAGCAGCAGCUGCUGGAAUUGUCCAAGCUGCCAGCGUUUGCUCGGGUGGUGUCUGCCGGAAACCUGCUGAGUCACGUUGGUCACACCAUCCUGGGAAUGAACACAGUUCAGCUUUACAUGAAAGUCCCAGGCAGCAGGACACCAGGUCACCAGGAGAACAACAACUUCUGCUCAGUGAACAUCAACAUUGGGCCGGGAGAUUGUGAGUGGUUUGCCGUUCCUGAACCGUACUGGGGUGUCAUCAACGAUUUCUGUGAAAAAAACAACAUCAACUUCCUAAUGGGCUCCUGGUGGCCCAACUUGGAGGAUCUGUAUGAGUGCAAGGUUCCCGUUUACCGCUUCAUCCAGCGUCCUGGAGAUCUGGUGUGGCUCAACACAGGGACUGUCCACUGGGUCCAGGCUAUUGGCUGGUGCAACAACACCUGGAAUGUCGGCCCCCCCACCGCUCAUCAGUACAAACUGGCAGUGGAACGUUACGAGUGGAAUAAACUGCAGGGUGUCAAGUCCAUUGUUCCCAUGAUCCACCUCUCCUGGAACAUGGCCAGAAACAUCAAAGUGUCUGACCAGAAGCUCUUUGAAAUGAUCAAGUACUGUCUGUUGCGGACUCUAAAACAGUGUCAAAUUCAGCGUGAGCUGCUAUUGGCCGCUGGGAAGGAGUUGGUUUGGCACGGCAGGACGCAGAAUGAGCCGGCUCAUUACUGCAGCAUCUGUGAGGUUGAGGUUUUUGACCUGCUCUUGGUCACCAGCGAGAGCAACAGCAAGAAAACAUAUGUUGUGCAGUGCCAGGACUGUGCCCGCAGGGGGAGCCCUGACCUGGACAACUUUGUGGUUUUAGAACAGUAUAGAAUCGAGGAGCUGAUGCAGGUCUACGACCAGUUCACACUCGCGAGUCCAUUUUCAUCUUCCUGACCAAAACAGGCAAUACUCAUCUCUCUGAACUUCCGGCGUGACCCUCUGCAGCUCUAUAAUAAGGCAGCUGUGUUAAAGCUGUUUGUCUAUGCAACCUGCCCGGAGCAGAGUCUCUCCCCCAGGUGGCCUGGAGUGGAAGGACAUCUCAAUAGAUUAUAUAGAUCAGACCUUUUUUUUUUUUUUUGUUUUGUUUUUGUCUGCUGCCUCCUCAGAAAAAACAGACAGAAAAAAAAUCUCAUAAAGUUGAAAACUUUUGUUUUUGUACAGAUAGAUUUUGUACUUGUUUACAAACACAAACUACUGAAAUUUUUUUUUUUUUUUUUUUGCUUGUUUUAGAAGACAAGUUCUGCUGUUAGAUCAGGAAUAAAAACAUCUUCAAGCAUAAAUGUGACUUUUUUUUUUUUUAAAUAUUCCCAUUUUAAUUUCAUGUUAAAAACAGUCUUUUGACCCUGGUCACAAAUGAAAACUGAUGCACAGACUAAAGAGACUAAAUAGUGAUUUUUUUUUUUAUUUUUCUUUUUGUUUUUUUUAUGUAAAUUUACACUAUUUAUAAGUCAUAUUUAUUGCUUAAAACUAUUUGUUGAUAAUUCUUUUUUUUUAAGGAUAGGUUAGAAUGAAAUUUGAAGGAGCUUUGUGAACUACUGUUUUUUUUAAACUGCUCCUUGGUAGUUUUUUUUUUUUUUUUUCAAUAAAAAUGUAGACAUUUUUUUGUUUGUUUAUUUACCAAUGCACUGGAAUCCCACUUGUUAAAUAAAAGAAAUUAUUUUUUUGGAAGGGAAGUAACUCAAAUCAAAUCAAUAACUACACAUUGAGAGGGAAACCAGUUCUUGGUAUACUGCCUCCGGUGGUCAGUGUGUCUAGUAAAGCUGAACGGUCUAUCAAUGCAGUCACAAAAUAGUGAUUU